GUCGCCUAAAAAAAUCCCCACUUCCGCAAUUCGCACAGGUGCGCACACGAACCCAAACCGUCGCUCUCGCCAUUCCUCGCUUCCCAGCUCGCGCAAUAAGCACUUGUUCUCUCCCCACACGCUCUACCCACGACGAAUUUCUAAUCCUCCCCGAUCUGCAGAUUCGGCGCCCUCGUCUCCACCAACAGACGGCGAUGGCGCAGGACCCCAUGGAGGGGAAAUUGAUGAGUGGCGACCUGAUGUCCAAGCUCACCGACGACAUCCUCGUGGAUAUCAUCUCGCGCUUGCCCUACAAGUCCACCUGCUGCUGCAAGUGCGUCUCUACGCGCUGGCGCGAUUUCUUCUCCCACCCCGACCACCGCAAGAAGCUGCCCCAGCCCCUCGCCGGCUUCUUCCACGAUCGCUGCAACAACAACCAGUUCCCCAAGACAGCUCGAUAUUUCACCAAAAUCUCUGGGGAAGGCGGCCCUCUGGUCGACCCAUCACUAUCAUUCCUGCCCCAGUACGAUAGCCUUGACAUCUUGGACUGCUGUAAUGGACUUCUCCUCUGCCGCUGUUGGAAGACAGCUGAUCGCAAGACAUUGGAUUACGUGGUGUGCAACCCGGCCACGCAGAAAUGGGUCGUCGUGUCUGCCACCGAUUGGUCCAGCAAGGUAAAGGUCGCUCGCCUCGGAUUCGACCCAACGGUCUCCUCUCACUUCCAUGUGUUUGAGUUCAUUGAUGAGAAGGCCUGGGGUAUAGAUGAAUCUGAGCUAACCCCUUGUGACGGACGCAUUGAAACACUAGCGAUAUACUCGUCUGUUGUUGGAGUUUGGAAGCAUCAAAGCCUGGACAGCUUUGCAUUUGCAAUACCCAAGGAUUCAAAAGGCGUUUUUGUAAACGGGGUCCUGCAUUCGGCUACCUCUUAUAAGUUUAUAGCAGCUGUUAACGUGGAAGGAAAUGAAUGGCGGUUCAUUGAUAUCCGUGUGCCACCAUACUAUGAUGAUGCUCGCGACGAUGCUAUUUUUGUAUCACAGGGACAGUUGUAUCUCACAAAUAUUUAUGCUGGUUCUGAACUAUUAGUCUGGGCUCUUGAGGACUACAAUGUUGAAAAAUGGACUUUGAAGCACAAUGUCAGCCUCCUGGAGCUGUUUCGAGCACCGUAUUCGUCAUUCGCAGAUCAUUUCAGUUUCAUCUCAUUCCACCCGGAACGCAACGUGAUUUUCAUAGUUUGUGGGCACGACAACACACUAAUGUCGUAUGACCUGGAUCGCAGAAAGCUGUGUUUUAUAUGCCAACUUGGACGGGAUUGUCAAAUUCAGUGGGGCAAGACUCCUUAUCUUCCAUAUGUUCCCUUGUUCUCGGAGGCAUUGGCAGAUGGGUAAUAAAUCUCUUACGUGCGUAGUGUAGCUUCGCAUUUGUCCAUCUUUCUAAUGAUAUUAUAUUAUUGGAGUUACGUCUUGAGUAGGAGCAAAAGUGAGUUGGGUAGAUCUUUCUUAAGUUGUGAUGGUUAAAAACGGUGCUUGAGUGCAGUCAUGCCUGGACCUGGCUUCAUCUGGUUAACUGUUCAGUCAACUUAGAAAUUCUGCUUGCGUCCGUGUACUUGUAUAUAUUCAUGGCUGUUAGCAGUCCGCGCAGUCGUGUAACACCCUAGUACUUCAAUCAUGUAUAUUACGAUUGUUUUGUUCGU